AUGAUCUAAUUAACAUACUAGUUUGGUUGCCAUGGCAAUGAAAGUAGUCUUUAACCUUCAUUUCCUAGCCUUUGUUUCUGUACUGUUACCUAUAACUUGUAUUCCCAUCAAUCUCACUUAUCCGGCAGUUUUUAACUUCGGUGAUUCGAAUUCAGACACCGGAGGCAUCCAAGCAGGAGUCGGUUUUCCCAUUAAACGCUUCUGCAAUGGCUAUUUGAUCAUUGACUAUUUUGUGACUGCAAUGAACCUAUCCUAUUUGAAUCCUUACUUGGAUUCAGUUGGUGCACCAAGCUUCCAAACAGGAUGUAAUUUCGCAACCGGAGGGGCUACCAUUCUUCCAGCCAAAGCAUCUGCAACAAAUCCAUUUUCCUAUGGAAUUCAGGUUGCUCAAUUCGUACGAUUCAAGGCUCGAGUUCUUGAGUUACUGGCUAAGAAAGACAAGAAGCUUCAACCAGUCCUCCCAUAUGAAGAUUAUUUCAAGCAAGGCCUAUACACUUUUGAUGUGGGACAGAAUGAUCUUGAUGGUGCAUUUUAUUCCAAAUCAGAAGACCAAGUUGUUGCUUCAAUUCCAGCUAUUCUGACAGAAUUGGAGACCGGAUUUGAGAAACUAUAUAACCAGGGGGCUAGGAAUUUUUGGAUUCAUAACACAGGUCCACUAGGAUGCCUACCAAGAAUUAUAGCAACAUUUGGGAAAGAUCCAUCAUAUCUGAACCAGGUUGGAUGUGUUGCUUCACAUAACCGUGCUGCUACUGCUUUCAAUGAACAGCUACAUGAUCUUUGCUUGAAAUUCAAGAAGAAUUUUCCUGAAGCUAAUGUUACUUAUGUUGACAUCUUCAAGAUAAAGUCGGACCUCAUCACAAACUAUGCUCAAUAUGGUUUCAAACAAGGCAUAGCUGCUUGCUGUGGGUACGGUGGUCCGCCUUUAAAUUUUGAUAACCGGAUAGCUUGUGGCCAAACCAAGAAUCUGAAUGGGACUGUGGUCACUGCUACACCGUGCAGUAAUCCAGCCGAGUAUGUGAAUUGGGAUGGUAAUCACUAUACAGAAGCUGCAAAUCAAUACGUAUCCUCGCAGAUAUUAAUAGGAAACUACACAGACUACUUCAACUCUUCCAUUGAAGGCAAACUUUCUUAUGGGAAUCCAAACGUUGAGUAGCAUGAAACACUGAACAACAAUGUAAUAAGUU